ACUACUUUACGUAUCGGAUUACUACAUCGAUUGGAUAGGCUUAAGCACGUUGUUUAUUUCGUCCAAGUUUACACACAUUCACUACAGAUAUCGAAUAGGUGCUUACAACUACAUCAUUCAACAGUGAAGCUGGACACUAAAUCAGGCAGAUUCAAGCAAUCUCCAACCACAAUUUAUGUACCCACGGCUUAUUCAUUCAGACAGACUAAAUCGCCGAUCCCCUUCACCUCCAUCGCCGCCGGGAUGUUCCCUCGAUGCUGCCGGCGAGUACUGACAACUCAAUUCCCCUUGCUGCGUUCCACUCUGGCUUUCAGCCAGGCGAUCAUAUCUCCGAACACUAGAUUGACUUGCUCCUCCUCUUCCCCUACCAUCUGGUGCCACAACCCCGGGUAUAUCUUCAACGUCUUAUCCUUGCUGGAGGCGCGACGGUGGAGCUCUUCCACGCACGCCGGGUCGCACACCAGGUCGUCGCCGCCGUGCGAGAUCAGCAGCGGCAGAUCCACUUCCUCGAACCUCCCCUGCAGGUCCUUGCACACCCUGAGAAGCUCCAGCGCGGUGGCCGCGCGUGGCCUCGCCACGCUCCGCCGCGGGCUCGCCAUCGCCAGCUUCCGCUUCCACUCCACCUUGAACGAGACAUCCGGGAUCGUCCCGCGCGUGGGGACGACGCGCCAGGUGGGAACCACGGCGGCGACGGCGAAGAGGAGGUGCUCGAGCGGCCAGGGGGGCUUGAACUUGGGGCUGAUCCCGCACAUGGCGCCGUUGAGGAUCAGCCCGUCCCACGCGCCCUUCUGCUUCUGCCUGAGCGUGAUGUACAGGGCGAUGGCGCCGCCGAGGGACUCCGAGUAGAGGAAGGCCGGGAGGCCCGGCGCGUGGGACGCGCGGAAGUCGGCGAAGAAGUCGAUGCAGUCGUCGACGACGGGGUUGAUGUCCGGCAUGUGGUGGAUGAGGCCGUCGAGGGCGUCGGAGAAGCCGUGGCCCUGGUGGUCGAUGGCGCAGACGAGGAAGCCGUGCUUGGCGAAGAGGAUGGAGGUGAGCUCGAGGAGCCAGCUGGACU